GUGGUUAUGAUGCGGAUGAUGAUAAUGUUUAUGAUGAUGAUGAUGAUGAUGAUGAAGAUGAUGAUGAUGAUAAUGUUGAUCAUGAUGAUGAUGAUGAUAACGUUGACGGUGCUGGUGAGGAUGAUGAUGAUCAUGGAGAUGGUUUUUGCGAUGAUGGUGGUGAUGUUGAUGAGGAUGAUAUUGAUGAUGAUGAUGUUGAUGUUGCUGGUGAUAAUGAUGAUUGUGAUGAUGAUGAUGGUGCUGGUGGUGCUGAUGGUGAUGAUGAUAUUGAUGAUGAUGAUGUUGAUGUUCCUGGUGAGGAUGAUCGUGAUCAUGACGAUGGUGCUGUUGAUGAUGGCGGUGAUGUUGUUAAUGACGAUAAUGAUGAUGAUGAUGAUGAUGAUGAUGAUGAUGAUGAUGAUGAUGAUGAUGAUGAUGAUGAUAAUGAUGAUGAUGGUUUUGAUGAUGUUGAUGAUAGUGAAGAUCAUAUUGAUGAUUAUGACGGUGGUGCUGGUGAUGAUCUUGGUGGUGACGAUGAUGAUGAUGAUGAUGAUGUUGAUAUUUAUCAUGAAGAAGAUGAUGUUAUUAAUGAUGAAAAUGAUGAUGGUGAUGAUGCUUAUGCCGAUGAUGAUGUUGCUGGUGAUGAUCUUGAUGAUGAGGUUGAUGGUGCUGGUGAUGAUGAUGACGAUCAUGACGAUGGUGCUGUUGUUGAUGGUGCUGAUGAUGGUCAUGGUGAUGUUGAUGAUGGUAAUGAUUAUGAUGAUGAUGAUGAUGACGGUGGUGCUAGGAACGAGGAUCGUGAUGACGAUGGUGAUGAUGAUGGUGCCGACAAUGAAGUUUAUGAUAAUGAUGACGAUCAUGAUGAUAAUGACGACUGUGCUGACGAUUAUUGCGAUGAUGAUGGUGAUGAUGAUGAGGAUGAUGAUGACGAUAAAAAUGAUGAUGUUUAUGAAGACCAUAAUGAAGAUGAAGACGAUGAUGACCACGAUGAAGAUGGUGCUGGUGAUGAUGGUGGUGAUGAUGAGGAUGAUGAUGGUGAUGAUGAUGAUGUUGAUGACGUUUAUGUUGAUGGUGGUGAUGUUGAUGAUGAUGAUGGUGAUGAUCAUGUUGAUUAUGGUGAGGAUUAUAAUGAUGAUGUUGACGGCGCUGCUUGUGAUGAUGUUGUUGUAA